GAUGACAACAAGCUGUUUGAAAAAACGUGUAGCCAACAAGGAAAUAGCGAACCUUGCACUUUAUAACCAAUCAAUCUGGCGUAGACGAGACGCAGUGGUUAUCUCCGUGAACAGGAAACAUUACUGCAGGGACGCUCAUGUCCCAACAUGCCCAGGUACAGCAGGAAGCAGGUGUCCCUUGAAGAUUGGCCCUUCUAAUACAUGAGAAGAAAAAAAUCAAUGUGUUUUGGAUUUCAAUUCAACACCUUCACACACAAAAAAACCAAGGUCCUCUGAGAGAAGCGGUGUGAGAUGGAGAGAGAGAAGAAGAAGAAGAAGAAGAAGAAGAGGGAAUGGAGGAGAGGAAGUGGACAAGAGAAAGCGGAGGGUGAGAAUCAAGCCGGUGGGGGAACCAUGGAAAUGGGACAUGAUCCUCUUGGUCAGAUGAGCAAUAAGACUGUCGAUAGAAUAACACACUUUCCCGUAGAUAAGAUGACCCACCAUCUUGGAGAGGAACUGUCGCGUAGGGAAGGACAGACCGAGGGAGAAACUGCCCGUGUGUCUGCAGUUAGAAACAAAGAAGAAAGUGGAAUUCAAAUGAGGACGGAGAAGAUGGAGGAAAUUAAUAAAGGACUGAUAGCAGUUACAGACCGAGAUAACGAUGACGACGACCCUGCCUCCAUCCCUCCUGCUCCCUCCAUCCCUCCUGCUCCCUCCAUCUCUCCUCUCUCCAUCUCCACCCUCUCAUCUCCCUCUCCCUCCUUCCUGGCUCCUCUCUCCUCGUUCUCUCCAGUUCCGUCCCUCACCCCUCCCCUUCCCCCGUCAGUAGAGCUGUGUGCAGUGCUCACCGACACGAGACUGACUCUGGAUGUAUACCAGGGCGGGACUGCUGUGCUACAAGUACUAUGGGUGUCUGUCCCUGGGCAGCUGAGGGGCCUGCAGUACCUCCGACUGGGCUCAGAGGACAGGGGGGCGGUAGAGGGAGCCCUGGAGGUCCUACCGCACCUCACACAGCUACGCUCACUGGCUAUUAGAGGACACUGUUUCCAUGACGCCCAUGGUGACCCCCUCCCCGGCCUUAUCACCUCUCUUCCUCCCUCUCUCUCAUCCCUUUCUCUCCUCGUCCACCUGGACCUCUCCUUCAACCUCCUCUCCUCCUUCCCUCCCUGCCUCCUCACCCUCCCCCUCCUCUCCACCCUCCUCCUGGGUCACAACCACCUCACUGAUCUCCCUCCCUCCUUCGGUCCUCUCCCUGCCCUCCGCUACCUCUCUCUCCUGGGGAACUGUCUGGCCUCUCUCCCCCCCAGCCUGGGUCAGUUGAAGACACUCCACACCCUGGAUGUCUCCUAUAACCUCCUGGAGACAUUACCUGAGGAGAUCGGUGCGCUGGAGGAGCUGGUCAAACUGGAGCUGUCACACAACAGGCUAAAGAGGCUGCCUGAGACCAUGGGCUGUCUCCUGUCUCUCAGGGACCUGGUGAUCCACAGUAAUGACCUGCGUGUUCUCCCCGUCUGUCUCUGUCUGGACAAACUGGAUAAGUUAAAGGUAGACGUAAGGAACAACCCCCUGGGAAGACCCCCUACCCCUCCACCACUACCACCCACACCUGGCCAGGUGGAAACACGCAUUCCAGAGUUACACCUUGGACCGAAUCGACACAGGUUCCGUGUGUCGUCUGCUGGUUGUCAUGUGUUCCUCCCAGGGGGAGCGGAGCUACUGUUUCCCUCGGGUUGCCUAGCGACGACCACCACGCUGCAGUGGGCGGAGCGUAGGCCAGACAGGAAAUGGGUGUGGCUAGAGGAGCAUGACUUCCUGCUGAGUCGACCACUGGAACUCCUCCCACACGGGAUCUCCUUUUUAAAGCCAGUGGAGGUGUGUGUACCGUACCACCGGUCCAGGAAAGGGGAGGUGGUUGUGAGGAGGUUUGAUGGACAGCAGUGGAGUACACUAUCCACUGAGACCAGAAGGGGCAGUAUAGGACACAGCAGUCACCCCGGAGGCCGACCUGCCAGGCUGGCCUGCGUCUCAGUGAGACAGUUCUCCUGGUUUGUGGCAGUGGGUCGUCCAGUCAGGGACAGUUGCUCUGUGACACCAGAGGGGGCGCUGUUGGUGUCACGUUCAGACGCAGGCAUCAAACUGACCUUCCCCCCGGACUGCACUGUUCAGACCCGCACCAUCACUCUACAGGUGCUACAGGUGUCUGUCACUGAGGUCCAGACGUUGUUUGGAGACCCUCAGGCCAGAGUCAGUCCCCUCCUCUGUCUCUUUCAAGACCCCAGCAUCCAAUUCCUCCAGCCAAUCAAGGUGCAGGUCCCGCUGCCAACUGGACUCACUGGUCAUACAGUAGACCUGUCCUGUCUCCACCUGCUUCAUGGAGACCCCAGCGCCCACACCUGGACAGACAUAACCUCACAGGUGUCCCUGUACGUCACACAGCUCUACGCCAUCUUCUACAUCACUCACUUCUCCUGGUACUGGCUGUGGUACACUACCCAGCGCUGUGUUAGCGGGGUGGUCCGUAGGGUUUACCAGAGACUGAAGCAGUUUCAGGUCCAGUUCCUGGUGUUACAGAGGAGAACAGACCCCAAACAGGUUCUGCUACAGUGCCUGCCUGCUGACAAGGUGGACAACAGAGUACAGUCUCUGUCAGAGCAGUACGAUGGCCCACAACCCUCAGACCUCUGUGACCUGUUGGAGGGAGAGCAGUUCUUCGCUGGCUUCGAGAGGGGCCUAGACGUCAGCGCAGAUAGACCAGACUGUGCGGAAGGGAGACUGUCGUUUGUGUUCUACUCUCGGUUGAAGAAUCUCAAAGAGGUGUACGUCUGUCCAACACAGAAGCAGGAGGGGUCAAUCAGGGGCCAGGUGUCUUUCUAUCGAGGGGAGGUUCCCAGUGACAUACCACAGGAAGUGGCCAGGAAAAGGAAAGGACACGACAGCCAAUGGCUGGCCACCUUACCACUCAGACUUCCUGGCCUAAACUCAGAGGGUGGUAGUAAUGGUAUGGACUGGGAGCAGCCUCAGUACCCUCCGCUGAACCUGGGCGACCCAGAGAGCGGGUACCUGACUGAGGCUAACCUGCUGGCCAUCUCCCUGCAGAUUGGACAGGACUGGAGGUCCAUUGGCAUCAACCUGGGAAUCAGCUACCAGGAGCUGGACCGCAUGCAGUACAAAUACAGGUGGGCAUGUUCAUGAGGCACCAAAUGUAAGAAAACUGACCGAAACAGGGAGGCAUUACCUGCACUUAUCCAAUAAGAAAGACUAAUUUUGCAUUAAGUACGAAUACACCUGGGCAUGAUGGUUACUGUGAUGGAGAACCAGGGUCCUGUUCAUUAGGCACCAAAUGUAAUUCAUUACCCAGUAAUAACACUUUCAAUACCCAUUUAUAACCCAUUCAUAACCCAUUUAUAACCCAUUUAUAACCCAUUCAUAACCCAUUCAUAACCCUUUCAUAACCCAUUUAUAACCCAUUUAUAACCCAUUUAUAACCCAUUUAUAACCCAUUUAUAACCCAUUCAUAACCCAUUCAUAACCCAUUCAUAACCCAUUCAUAACCCAUUCAUAACCCAUACUUAACCCAUACAUGACGAUACAUAACCCAUUCAUAACCGAUACUUAACCCAUUCAUAACCGAUACUUAACCCAUACAUAACCCAUACAUGACCGAUACAUAACCCAUUCAUAACCCAUUCAUGACCGAUACAUAACCCAUACAUGACCGAUACUUAACCAUUCAUAGCCCAUUCAUAACCGAUACUUAACCCAUACAUAACCCAUACAUGACCGAUACAUAACCGAUACUUAACCAUUCAUAGCCCAUCCAUAACCCAUUCAUAACCGAUACUUAACCCAUACAUGACCGAUACAUAACCCAUUCUUAACCCAUUCAUAACCCAUUCAUGACCGAUACAUAACCGAUACUUAACCAUUCAUAGCCCAUCCAUAACCCAUUCAUAACCGAUACAUAACCCAUUCCUAACCGAUACUUAACCAUUCAUAGCCCAUCCAUAACCCAUUCAUAACCAUUCUUAACCCAUUCGUGACCUAUACAUAACCAUUCUUAACCCAUUCGUGACCUAUACAUAGCCCAUCCAUAACCCAUUUAUAACCCAUCCUAACCCAUUCAUAAGCCGUGGCUAUUACAUCUUUAUCAUGGUCAUUUCCCUUUUUAUCAGGAGGAUUUUGAGAUGAGCGGGAACAAGAGGGAUGCAGAUUUGCUAAAUAUAGUUCUUGUUUUCUGUGCCAACCCAGUGUACUAUUUCUGGAUGAGAGGGGAUGAAGUGAUGUGCUCCAUGUGUGGGCAGGCACAUGGACUAUUAGCAUAGGAUAACUAAAGUCCUUCAAUUCUCACUGGAGGGAUUUAACUUGUAAGGAGUCUGGACUAGACAUGCAGGGGGAGUCCGGGGAGAGAAGAGAGAGGAGUGGUGUAUAGAAAGAGA